UGAUUCUCACAUCUCAAUGUCCACACCUCCUUAUCUAUAUAUCUUUAUACCUUAUAAAUCACAAUGACCACUUCAAACCUUAGCAUAUCCUACCAUAUUGGCACAACCCCAUCAUCAUCAUCAUCAUCCAUGGACUGGUUCUCUUGGCUAUCCAGAACCACUCUUGAACCUUCCUUAAUCUACGACUAUGGCCUCACCUUUGCCCGCAACGAGCUCCAAUUGGAAGAUGCUUGCUACUUCAACCACGAGUUUCUUCAGAGCAUGGGAAUCUCAAUUGCCAAGCACAGGCUAGAGAUUCUCAAGCUUGUGAAGAAACAAGAAGGAGGAGGAGCAGCACGGCCCAAUAAGAAGCUCUCUGGGGUCAUCAAAAAGUGCCUAAGGAAGUGCAUGAACAAGUUUGUUGUUUCUCAUGAUCAUCAUGCAGUCAAACACAUGCCAUGCUCCAUGGUGAAUGUGUCAGUGCCGCCACCACUACCACCACCACCACAUGAGAUUAGUUGGUACCAUCAAGGGAAAUUAAAAGGGUCACUUGUGAGGAAGCAACAACAAGGGAGUGAGGAACUUAAGGAAGAAAAAAAAGAGAAGCCUUUCCCUGUGCCUCCUAUAUAUAGAAGCAGAACCAUAGCACUUUCAGGACCUUUGGAAUAUGGUGGUAGAAUGCAUCAUGAGAAAAUGGUCCACAGCAGGGCCUUGAAGCUAUCUGGACCACUUGAUGGAAGAAUGCAUGAGAGAAUGAUGAUGAUGAAUAGUACUAAUAGUAGAACCCCUUUAAUGCCUGGGCCUUUGGAUGCAAGAUUUGUGGCCACAACUAAGAGUCCAAGAGUGUCUGGGCCUCUGGAUCCAAGAGUGUUGGUUGAGAAUAGAAGCCCGAGACUGCCACGGCCUUCGGAUGCAGCAAGGGCUGAAACUGAGAGCCCAAUGGGUUACAGUCCUUAUAACAAGCCCAAAGCUGAUUUUGAUUUUGAUGAUGAUGAUCACACCCUCUGGCCUUCACUGUUCCAAGAUCUCAAACCAACUUGAUUUUGUUUUGUCAUUUCUUUUUUGGUGAGUGACGCUUACACCUUUAAUUUUUUAAAUUUUAUAGAUAAUAUCAUAAUAGGAACGUAACAUCUAGCAACUAUGAUAUGAAAUGUCAUGUUUUGCUGCAACACUUUCUUGUAUUUAUUCUACAGCCACUGGUUUAUACAUUAUUAUUUUUUGACAACGGCA